AUGCAAGCUUUACUCCAAGCUUAUGAGGAUAUGCCUCCUAUCACGAGGAUUUAUACUACCGCUUGUGUUCUAACUACUCUUGCCGUGCAACUGGAUUUGGUCACGCCGUUUCAUUUGUAUUUUAAUUGGAACUUAAUAAUUUAUGAUUACCAGUUCUGGCGAUUACUGACAUCGUUUUGUUUUCUUGGUUCUUUCGGAUUUAGUUUCUUAUUUAAUAUGAUUUUUACAUAUCGAUACUGUAUGAUGCUUGAAGAAGGUUCGUUUCGUGGACGACGAGCUGACUUUGCUUUUAUGUUCAUCUAUGGAGCCGUCUUCAUGAUUAUUUGUGGAACGUUUGUACACAUGGUGUUUCUUGGGCAAGCUUUUACAAUAAUGCUUGUCUAUGUUUGGAGUAGACGAAACCCUAAUGUAGCGAUGAAUUUUUUUGGUGUUCUAAGCUUCAAUGCACCUUACUUACCAUGGGUACUACUUCUUUUUUCGCUGCUACUUGGGAACAAUGCAAUCGUUGAUUUCGUGGGGAUCGCUUGCGGACAUUUUUACUUCUUUCUGGAGGAUGUGUUCCCAUUGCAAGAAAACGGCUUUCGCGUUCUGGAAACUCCUCAUUUACUCAAAUGGCUGUUUGAUCCAGCUCCUUCUGAACCUGUACCUGAAGAUGAACGACCAGGUGGUUUCAUUUGGGGUGAGCAGCCAAGACCUACUUGA